CCGUCCUUCCACGGCCUUGCGUGGCGGCUGCGGCUGGGAACUAACGACGCCGGUGGGAAUGUUGUUGCGGGCAAGUAGCUGCCAACCCCACCUAAGGGAAUGCAAAACCUCGUAGCCGAAUUGUACACAUUAAGACAUUUGUGCGCGACCGAAGAGCCCACUUCCUCUCGUCGCUUGGUUUCUCAUGGAAGCGGAUGGAUUUGUAAGGAGGCGUCGGAUGACAGCAGAGACUGCAGGCAACGAUCCCGGGGUAGCUGGCGCAUCUGCCGGGGCAGAAGUUCGAUGGCUGGGGGGCAGAUUUCUGGGAGUUUCGGAAAGUAUCGUUGGAAGUCUAUCGCCGAGGAUCGGGGGCGAGACCGAACUACAGAGUGUUGACUUCACCCGUAACGGACAGGAUCAAAGUGAUGACUUGGAACCGGACUACGAAGGCUUGCCACAGGGAGCCUCCACGAGCACCCACAUGUUGGCCGGAGCCGUGGCCGGGAUCAUGGAGCACUGCCUCAUGUUCCCCAUCGAUUGUGUCAAGACAAGAAUGCAGAGCCUCCAGCCUGACCCUGCCGCCCGCUACCGGAACGUGAUGGAUGCCCUCCGCCGCAUCGUGGCCACGGAAGGAGCAUGGCGGCCAAUGAGAGGGCUGAAUGUGACCGCCAUCGGGGCGGGGCCUGCCCAUGCCCUCUAUUUUGCCAGCUAUGAGAAAAUCAAAAAGACACUGAGUGAUGUGAUCCAUCCCGGCGCUAACAGCCAUUUGGCUAAUGGAGCAGCCGGAUGUGUGGCCACUCUGCUUCACGAUGCAUCCAUGAACCCAUCAGAAGUUGUGAAGCAGCGCAUGCAGAUGUAUAAUUCGCCAUACCGCGGCGCGUUGGACUGUAUACGCGCCGUGUGGCAGAAGGAAGGGCCCGGCGCGUUCUACCGUAGCUACACCACUCAGCUGACCAUGAACGUGCCCUUUCAAGCGCUCCACUUCAUGACUUACGAGUACCUGCAGGAGCUGCUCAACCCCCACAGACAAUACAACCCUUCGUCCCACAUGCUGUCCGGCGCCCUGGCCGGGGCCCUGGCCGCCGCCGCCACCACGCCGCUGGACGUGUGCAAGACCCUGCUCAACACCCAAGAGUCGCUCGCCCUCAGCUCCCUGUCGGCCAACCAAGGAGCCCACAGACAUAUCACGGGCCUGGCCCACGCCUUCCGGACGGUUUACAGGCUGGGCGGCCUGCGGGGCUUCUUCAAGGGAGUGCAGGCCAGGGUCAUCUACCAGAUGCCCUCCACGGCCAUCAGCUGGUCCGUGUACGAGUUCUUCAAGUACGGACUCACCAAGCACCAGCACGACAAGAGGCGAGCGCAGCAGAUGGAGGCGGAGAUGUAGAUGCUGCCAGGGGGAAGGCAGCUUAUAACGCACAGCUCAUGAAAUUACAUUAAGACACAUCUCCACUGUCCCUUUGGCCAGACAGGCAUUUUCAGAAAGAGUUUUUAAACCGCUGUUUGCUGAUUACGCACACUUUUGAUUUAUGUUGCUAAAGUAAUGUCACAGUAUUAGAAUUGUUGAACUUGAGGCCACGGGUCGUCGCCAGAAGAGGGCAGUAGUGUUAUUUUCUAAACAUUUGCUGUUACGGCUCACCCUUUUUUUUUUUUUUUUUUUUUUUUUUUUUUUUUUUAAAUAAACAUAGCCAAAUCUUUUAAGUUUGCAGAUCAGGGUUUUUUUUUUUUUUUUAGUCACACAAAACUGUCGUUCAUCCCGCCCCCCGCCCCCCACCUCAAAUUACAAAAUUAUAGGGUAAACUGGAACCCCUUAAAAAGUAAUUUAAUUAGUUAUAAACAAAUCUGCAUUUUUGAGGAGAUGAGACCAUGGGUCAAGUUUUUUGUCUUUGUUUGCCCCGUUUUACGUCCACGAGUAGACAUUGGAGUAAUCUAAAUCUUACUUAAUUUAUUUUCAAUUUCACCCACAUACAAAUGUAAUCCAUAAUUAGGAACCUAUUAGCAUAAUUUGCUUUGUGGCGCUUCCACUGACAACCCCUUGUACUUCUCAGCUAUUCACCAUUAUUGCCUUGUCUGCAGACGGCUGUUCUGAGGCUGAUCUUAGUUUCUCUCACUGCUGCUGCUAAGUCUGCUAAUGUUCUUUGAAGGUGGAGGUUGUAUGGAAUAGGCCACGGCCCAAAAAUCAAGCGUUUAAGUCAUCUUAAUAAACUAUGUUGGAAAACGUUGAAAUCAUACCCCUGUUGAGUAAAUGGAAGCUGACAUUCUUACUGAUUCUGAAUUGCACUCAUCAAAUAAUAAAUUAUGAGCAGUGGACAGUGCUCAUGAAUAAUAAUAAAUAAAUAAAA